AUCUUAAAACGUCUGCGUCACAACAUAACCCUAUUUCUACGUUUUUGUGAUUUUUCUCAGCAAAAGGGGCACUUUUCGUGACAAAAAAUACCUUCCGACGCGCCAGAAUCUCCCGACAUGACCCUGGCAGGGGUUAGUGCUCAUAAGCUGGCCCAGAAAAAGAGGGCGGAAAAACUAGCUGCCGCGUUCCCAAAUGGGGCCCGUUGCCAGAAGUGUCUCGAGUAUGGACACUGGAGCUACGAAUGCAAAUCCAAGCGAAAGUACACCCAUCGAACAUCCAGGACGCAGCAGCUGAAGAAGAAAAUCAGCGAAAUUGAGCAGAAAGCCGGAGGAAGUUCGAGUGAACCCAAAGCAAAAAUUCAGAGACGGAAAUCAAGUGAUUCCUCUUCAUCUUCGAGUGACUCUGAAUCAGAUUCAUCUGAUAGCGAUAGUAGUAGCAGUAGCAGCAGCAGCUCUAGCUCCAGCGAUACUUCUGACAGCGAGAGUGACUCUUCGUCAUCUUCUUCGACGGAUUCAUCGUCAUCGGACUCUUCUUCGAGCCCUGGCAAAUAAGAUGUUCUGUAUGACCCCUUUUUAUUCCCCUUGGCUAAUUUAAUUAAAAAUAUUGCUGUAUAUAGACGUAAGAAACCUCAUUGAAAAAUUUAUUUGUGGAAAAAAAAUAAUCAAAAAGUAAAUGUGGACAGAAAA